CCAUUUUUUCCGUCUGGUUGGUGUCUCUUUUUUGGUUUCCUGGCAAAAAAAAAAAAUAUCUUAUCGAGCUGUGGAAACCCUAAUUCCCAAUCUCUCACCAAUUUCUAUUCAGUUUCCAUAUGUUUUGAUGCACUAUCCGAUCCCUUGAUCGGCUGCUAUAUGGAAACUGUAUGCUGUGUGAAUUUUACAGCUUUGGUACUAAUUGUUGGAGUUAAACGUUGGCCUGUUUUGUAACUGAGCUUUGCUUCUUGUUUGUCUGGAUUAAAAGACAUGGAUUUGGAAGCUUCUUGUAAGGAUAAGCUUUCACAUUUUCGGAUAAAAGAGCUCAAGGAUGUGCUCACUCAGCUGGGACUUUCGAAACAGGGAAAGAAGCAGGAACUUGUCGAUCGGAUCUUGACCCUUCUUUCUGAUGAACGAGCUGCCAGGUUAUGGUCGAAAAAGAAUACUGUGGCGAGGGAAGAAGUUGCAAAACUAGUGGACGAUACAUAUAGGAAAAUGCAAGUAUCUGGGGCAAGUGAUUUAGCAUCAAAAGGACAAGUUAGUUCAGAUACCAGUAAUCUGAGAGUCAAGGGGGAGCCUGAAGAUCCAUUUCAACCAGAAAUGAAAGUUCGAUGUGUCUGUGGAAGUUCACUAGAGACAGAUUCAAUGAUACAGUGUGAGGAUCCAAGAUGCCAUGUUUGGGAGCAUGUUGGCUGUGUGAUUGUCCCGGAGAAGCCUAUGGAUGGAAAUCCACCACUUCCUGAAUCAUUUUAUUGUGAAAUCUGCCGACUUACUCGAGCUGACCCGUUUUGGGUUACAGUGGCACAUCCGCUUUAUCCACUGAGGUUGACUGCAACGACCAUCCCUACUGAUGGUACAAACACAAUGCAGAGUGUCGAGAGAACAUUUCAAAUCACAAGGGCAGACAAGGAGUUGUUGGCCAAACAAGAGUACGAUGUUCAGGCUUGGUGUAUGCUCUUAAAUGACAAAGUUCUCUUUAGGAUGCAAUGGCCUCAGUAUGCUGAUCUGCAGAUCAAUGGUAUGCCUGUACGUGCAAUUAACCGACCUGGAUCACAGCUUUUGGGGGCCAACGGCCGCGACGAUGGACCUAUUAUCACACCUUGUAUUAGGGAUGGAAUUAACAGAAUAUCCUUGAGUGGAGGUGACAAUCGGAGUUUUUGUUUUGGAGUUAGACUUGUGAAGCGCAGGACACUACAACAGGUUCUAAAUUUGAUUCCAGAAGAGACUAAAGGGGAGACGUUUGAAGAUGCUCUUGCUCGUGUACGACGAUGCAUUGGAGGUGGAGGUGGAGAUGAUAAUGCCGACAGUGAUAGUGACAUUGAAGUUGUUGCUGAUUUCUUCGGUGUCAAUCUCCGCUGUCCUAUGAGCGGUUCUAGGAUAAAAGUUGCUGGGAGAUUUUUACCCUGUGUGCACAUGGGCUGUUUUGAUCUUGAGGUGUUUGUGGAGUUGAAUCAACGUUCCAGAAAGUGGCAGUGCCCUAUUUGUCUGAAGAACUACUCAGUAGAGCAUGUAAUCGUGGAUCCUUAUUUUAACCGUAUCACGACUAAGAUGAAGCAUUGCGAUGAAGAGGUGACUGAAAUUGAAGUGAAACCUGACGGUUCUUGGCGAGUAAAGUCCAAAAAAGAGAGUGAGCGUAGGGAAUUGGGGGAACUCUCACAGUGGCACGCACCCGAUGGUAGUCUUUGCCCUUCUGCUGAUGAGAUUAAACGGAAGAUGGAAAUGUUAAUUCCGGUUAAACAAGAAGGUUUCUCAGAUGGCCCGACCCCUCUGAAACUUGGAAUCAGGAAGAAUCGCAAUGGCCUUUGGGAAGUUAGCAAACCUAACACAAAUGGGUUAUCUUCCAGUAAUAGGCAAGAAAAGGUUGGGUAUCAGGACAAGAAUAUUAUACCAAUGAGUAGCAGUGCUACUGGAAGUGGUAGGGAUGGUGAUGAUGUAAGCGUAAACCAGGAUGCUAUUGGAACCUUUGACUUUGGAACCAACGGCAUUGAACUUGAUUCCAUUUCCAUGAAUGUCGAUUCCGGUUAUAACUUUCCUGACAGAAACCAAGCUGGAGAGGAUAGAAAUAAUGAAGUUAUCGUUCUAAGUGAUUCCGAUGAAGAGAAUGAUGUAGUUAUCACUCCUGGACCUGCAUACAGUGGUUGCCGAACCGAUGGCGGGGUAAAUUUUCCACUGAACCCUCCUGGAAUAAUCAACUCAUAUAAUGAAGACCCAAACACCAUAGCUGGGGGAAGCUCACGCUUAGGUCUUUUCAGUGAUGAUGACGAAUUCGAUACGCCCCUUUGGACAUUUCCUUCUGAAACUCCAGAAGCCCCUGGGUUCCAACUAUUCGCAUCUGAUGCUGAUGUUUCAGAAGGUUUAGUUGGUCUGCAUCAUCAUGGUUCACUAAACUGUGGUCCUGAAAUAAAUGGAGGUUACACCAUGGCUCCUGAGACAUCCAUGGCAUCUAUUACUGUGGUUCCGUGCUCGGAUGGAAGAUCUGAAUCAGUUGCAAACGAUGGCCUAGUUGACAAUCCUCUUGCAUUUGGUAGAGACGAUCCCUCACUUCAAAUAUUUUUGCCAACAAAACCAGAUGCUUCAGCUCAGUCGGGUUUUAAAAACCAAGCUGAUAUGUCAAAUGGUAUCCGCAGUGAUGACUGGAUCUCGCUCAGGCUAGGCGAUAGCGCCUGUGGGAAUCACGGAGAGCCUGCUACUGCAAACGGGCUUAACUCAAGUCAGCAGAUGUCUACAAGGGAAGGUUCUUUGGAUACAACGACAGAGACUGCUUCGUUGCUUCUGGGUAUGAAUGACAGUAGACAAGACAAGGCAAAGAAGCAAAGAUCAGAUAAUCCAUUUUCAUUUCCUCGCCAGAAGCGUUCUGUAAGACCUCGGAUGUUCCUCUCCAUUGACUCGGAUUCUGAGUGAUAUUUCUUCCUGUUUUGUUCUCUCUCUCUCUCGGGAUGAUUCGGUGUUCCUUUUGAUUCUUAACGCUAUGCACAGAACAAUCAACAGGAUCAUCAGACAGCAUACCGGAGUUAGCAAAGAUCUUCUUUAUUCUCUGUGCAGGCAAGAAUCGAACCGGUAUUGACUUUUUGUAUUUUUUUGGCUUUUACGAAGUUGUUGACUCUCUUCAUUAUCGGUUCAGAAUCUUGGCCCUUGUCUGCUACACUGCAGGACUGUAUUUUGCAAAGCAAAGCACGGGCUGAUUUAGUUUACUGAAUAGGCAGAAAAGUGGGCACAGGUGGUUCCGGUUUAAUUGGUAAUUCGUUAUACUCGAAUAGGUUUUUUUUUUUUUUUUUUGCGGACGAUUAUAAAAUUACUCGGAAGCCAGGAGCCAUAGAGGGAUGUAUCAUUUUGUAAAUUAUGGGUUCCAUUUUUUAUUUAUUUAUUAUCAAAACCAGCUCUCCUCCUCCAUUGUAAUUUGUGUGCAUUGAGUUCAUCAUGGUUCUGGCCAAUCCAGAAAGAUCGUUAUUAUUAUACUU